UCUCGUGGUCGAAAAGGGAGAAGCCACCUUUCGACUCGUUUAUUCAACUGAUUGAUUUUUCCAACCCACCGAUUGAUUGAAAAAAAAAUUGAUCUCGAGAAUUCCGAAUAACCGAGAACGCAGCACAAAACAAUGCGGAAGUAAAUUAUAAAAUUAUGCGUCCUCUGAAAUGAAGUUUUAAUUAUGCCCCAAAUAGUCGAAUGUUCCUCACUGUAAACAGUUUUUAUUAUAUAGUAAUAUAAUAGUAGCAUCAUAGUUUUUAUGUCCAAACUGCAGGUAUUGACGGAACGACGAAAAACAUAUUUUACAUGGUGCCUGACGUCAACAAAGCUCGACCAAUCAUCACAUUUUUCCUGAACGCGGGAGUCUCUGAAUUAUUUUGAUCAAGAAAACCAUUUUGAGGCCCACAUACCUCACGGUGACUCGCUUGAAAGUCACUUUCAGUAAAGCGGAAUCCACGAGGGAGGCCCGUCAAUCACCAGCAGAGCAGCUUUGUCCUUUUUUUUUUUGGAGACCUCCGAUCCCGUCAGCCACCAUCUUUUCACGGAGUUAAGCAGGCUGUCCUGUCAGGAUUGCGAAGGAAUAAUAAGGGGGUCGACACGGCACGUCAUAUUUUUCCCCAUCUUCUCCGUCUUCAAAACGAAUGCUGCUCGGGUGAUGAAGGCUGCGUUGGCGGGCCGACCGGCAAGAUUCUCGAGCACGGUCGUUGGCUCGGCUUCAUUGCCGGGCACGCUCUCACCACAAAGCCGCAGUACCGUGUCGAAUAAAAAUAGGAAACGGCACCUUCCGGAUCAAGAGGAAGCAGAUGAGGUGGCUCGGGCAUCCGGUUAGGGCGCCUCUGGUAUCACUGAGGACAGUGUCGCCCAGCUGGCCUGAGAACUCUGGAUCCUCCCCCGAGGAUCUGGACCAAGCGGCUGGGGAGAGAGAAGUUGGGACUUCCCCGCUCAAACGGAAGAAAACUGAACUUUUCGCAAACUCGUAGAACUCCUCUGGGGAGCAAUUUGCCUGAAAUGAAUUCAGGAUGUGACAUCGGAGGUCAUCUUGCCAGGUGGGACUACAAAGAGAGAUUCGAGAUUGAAGUCAGGACACGACUACAGUAAAUGUUUAACACCUGCAGGAAGGAUGCAAGCCCCGACCCCCCACGAGGGAGGUUUUACCCUCUGACUUCAGCUUAUCGGCCCCCGCUGCCCACCGUGCUGGGGGCGCCUGUGUGGAAACAGGCGGGCGGCGGCUCCCUCCCACAAUACUGGUUCGGGUGUCAGCCUCACACUUCUGAGGAGCCGUGUUCAAUCUCAGCGAAUAGCAAUCUCCAAGAGCGCGCAUGCGUAGUCGGAGCCUCGUCGGUAACGCUAUCAGCAGCAGCGGCAGCAGCAUCAGGACCACCCUGCUCCCCCGCCACCCAAUGAUGGCGCAUGUAAACACGGCGCUCGCCCUGCUAUCUUCCCGGACCCUCGACCACCACUUCCUCGCGGGGAUCUGACGUCACACCCGCGCUCGAUCUCGACUGCGCGCACAACCCAGCUCCGGACUCCCGUCGACAUUGUGAUGGUCGCACCGCGACGCGCUUGCGGCAAAAACGCUUCCCUGAGCCGAGAGCUUCCCCCCCUGCCCCCCGCCAGAGAACGAGUUCCUUACUAGGGGGGGGGGGCGCGGAAGGGGGGGGGAUAUGCACAUCAGUGUUUGGCCCUGCUCGCUCUCCGUCGUUAUGGCCGCUCUGUACCAGGGCACGGAUGCCUCCUCCCCGGAUAAAUUCCUCGCCCUGAAAGACGUCAGGGAGGUGAAGGAGGAGACCACGCUGGAUGAAAAACUCUUCUUGCUGGCCUGCGAGAAAGGUGACUACUACAUGGUGAAGAAGCUGCUGGAGGAGAACCGGCAGGGCGAGCUCAACAUCAACAGCGUGGACGUGCUGGGCCGCGACGCCGUCACCAUCGCUAUCGAGAACGAGAACCUCGACAUCCUGCAGCUCCUCCUCGAGCAUGGCUGCCAGGCUACCGACGCGCUCCUGGUGGCCAUAGACUCGGAGGUGGUGGGAGCUGUGGACAUCCUCCUCAAUCACAGACCCCGACGUGCAUCCAAGCCCUCCAUCGCCAAACUGAUGCAGCGGAUCCAGAACCCGGAGUAUUCCACCACCAUGGACGUCGCUCCCGUCAUCCUGGCGGCGCACAGGAACAACUACGAGAUCCUGACCAUGCUGCUGAAGCAGGACAUCUCGCUGCCGCGGCCGCACGCCGUCGGCUGCGAGUGUACGCUCUGCAACGCCAAGAACAAGAAGGACAGUUUGAGGCACUCCAGGUUCCGCCUGGACAUCUACCGAUGCCUGGCCAGCCCUUCGCUCAUCAUGCUGACCGAGGAAGACCCCAUCCUCAGGGCCUUCGAGCUGAGCACGGAUCUCAAGGAGCUCAGCCUGGUGGAGGUCGAGUUCAGGAACGACUACGAGGAGCUGGCCAAGCAGUGCAAGAUGUUCGCAAAGGACCUGCUGGCUCAGGCGCGCAACUCCAGGGAGCUGGAGGUCAUCCUCAACCACACAUCCAACGAGGAUCCCGUGGACAAGCGGGGGCUCCUGGAGGAGCGCAUGAACCUCAGCCGCCUCAAACUGGCCAUCAAGUACAACCAGAAGGAGUUCGUGUCGCAGUCCAACUGCCAGCAGUUCCUCAACACGGUGUGGUUCGGCGAGACGGCCAGCUACCGGCGCAAGCACACCUGCCUGAAGAUCGCCACGGUGCUGAGCGUGGCCAUGCUGUGGCCGCUGCUGUCCGUGUGCUACCUGCUGGUGCCGCGCUCCCGUGUGGGCCAGAUCAUCCACACGCCCUUCGUCAAGUUCAUCAUCCACAGCGCUUCCUACUUCACCUUCCUUCUGCUGCUCAACCUCUACUCGCUGGUCUACAACGAGGGCAAGAAGAACACCAUGGGCCCUACCUUGGAGAUGAUAGACUAUCUGCUGAUUCUCUGGAUCAUAGGAAUGGUGUGGUCGGAUGUCAAGCGUCUGUGGUACGAGGGCCUGGAAGACUUCCUGGAUGAGUCCAGGAACCAGCUGAGCUUCGUGAUGAACUCCCUUUACUUGGCCACCUUCGCCCUCAAGAUAGUCGCGAACAGCAAGUUCAAGAAUGUGGAGGACACCGAGAGGAAGAACUGGGACGCCUUCCAUCCCAUCCUGGUGGCCGAGGGCCUGUUCGCCUUCGCCAACGUCCUCAGCUACCUGCGCCUCUUCUUCAUGUACACCACCAGCUCCAUCCUGGGGCCGCUGCAGAUCUCCAUGGGUCAGAUGCUGCAGGAGUUCGGCAAGUUUCUGGGCCUCUUCCUGCUCGUCUUGUUCUCCUUCACCAUCGGACUCACCCAACUCUACGGCAAGGACCAGAAAGACCCGGAGAAGAGCCCGCCCAGCGAUUGCCAGGGUAUUUUCUGUCAGCAGCAGAGCAACGAUGCGUUUCACACGUUUAUGGGCACCUGCUACGCCCUCUUCUGGUACAUCUUCUCGCUGGCUCACGUGGCGCUCUUUGUCACCCGCAUCAGCUACACCGAGGAACUGCGCUCCUUUGUGGGCGCCCUGAUUAUAGGCACUUACAACAUCGUGGUUGUCAUCGUGCUGACCAAGCUCCUGGUGGCCAUGCUCCAUAAAAGCUUCAGACAAAUUGCUAAUCACGAGGACAAGGAGUGGAAGUUUGCCCGGGCCAAACUGUGGCUGAGCUACUUUGACGACAAGUGCACGAUGCCGCCCCCGUUCAACAUCCUGCCCUCGCCCAAGACCGUCUGCUACCUGCUCACCAGCAUGAGCAAGUGGGUCUGCUCGCACACCUCCAAGGGACGAGUCAAGAGACAGAACAGCCUCAAGGAGUGGAAGAACCUGAAGCAAAAGCGCGACGAGAACUACCAGAAGAUCAUGUGCUGCCUGGUGCACCGCUACCUGACGUCCACGCGGCAGAAGAUGCAGAGCACGGACCAGGCCACCGUGGAGAACCUCAACGACCUGCGCCAGGACCUGUCCAAGUUCCGCAACGAGAUGCGGGACCUGUUGGGUUUCCGUACCUCCAAAUACGCCAUGUUCUACCCCAGGAGCUAGAAACCUUGACCCUGUCCUCUUGACUCCGACUCCUGCUACUCGUUUAGUCCACAAGAGGAAAACGCAAACUGGACUGGAACCAUAAAAAAAUGUAGUCUCACGUUUUUGUAAAUACAGAAAAGCCAUUGUUUUGGACAGAAAUAUGAAUACAUAUUUAUGCAAACAUUCCAAUGUCUCGGACAAUGCUUUUGCUCCCCCCGCCCAAAAAAAGACAUUUUGAAGUCAAAUAAUGAUGGGAUUUUUAUUACGGCACAUGACAAUAUAAAUAAUAUUCACAUAUUAUAUAUAUAUAUAUCAGUUUAUACAAUAUGUAUCAAAUAUUGCACUGUUUACAAAAAAUAGAUAUAAAUUUAGGGAUUUUAAAUUUUCGUCAUACUUCACAGAUCCAUACAAUACGGAAUAUAAGGACCACCAUUAAAAAAAGUAAUAUUACAAAAAUAGUUCUAUACUGUAUUUGAGUGGAAACGACAUUGUUUCGAAGAAUUAAUUUAUCAAACUCACAAAAUAGUUUUAAAUAAAUUUGCAUGAAUAUAAUUUGGGAAUAGUUUUAAAACUCUGGUACAAAAAAAAUAAAAGUAUAUUAACUUAUUUGAACAUCUAAACAUUGCUUUUCAUUUUUUUGGGUUUUUGUUUUUAAAUUAUUUUUUUUUCAUUUACCAAUAAGGAGGAAUAUAUGAU